CCACUAAUUUCUAAUUGUUGAUGUAUUUUUUCAACAAAAAUAAAGUAAAAUUCAAAGACAUAGAAAAUAUCCUUAAACUUGAUUAAUUAGUGCCUGAGAUUAGGAAUCUCUAAACACUGUAACGUACAGAAACUAAACUGGAAAAUAAAAUACUGAAAUUUAAAGUGGUGAUCCCCAAAUCUGACUUUGCUUUGUUGAAGUUGAUUGAAGAUGCCUUGCCAAAUGAUGAUCCAAAUCCUUAAAUAUUCCCUGGGAAACCGUACUGAAAACCGUCACCCGAACGGUUACAACGUCUCCUUCUCAACCGUCUUCCAACCUUUCUUAUGCUGACACGUGUCCCCAGCAGACCAAAAAUCCCUAUAUUUCACUCCUUGAGCCAACUACAGACCUUCCGCUCUUUUGGCCCGACUUCGUCCUUCGUCCGACCUACUUCUUCGCCCGACCCCACUUGGGCCGACCUCCAUAUCAACCGCCCCCUAUAUUUGAUCAAAGGCCUCCGUGUUUGUCCGACUCCUCCUUCUAUCCGACCUACAGUUUACCCGACCUGCGGAUAUCCCAUCUCAACGACUUUCUGUCUCGAGGAUCUCCCGACUUGAAAACCUUCCGACUUGAGGUCUUUCCGUCUUGCGGACCUCCCGACCUGAAGACCUUCCGACUUGAGGUCUUUCCGUCUUGCGGACCUCCCGACCUGAAGACCUUCCGACUUGAGGUCUUUCAUCUUGAGGGCCUCCCGACCUGAAGACCUUCCGACUUGAGGUCUUCCCGUCUGGCGGACCUCCCGACCUGAAAACCUUCCGACCUGAGGUCUUUCCGUCCUGAGGACCUACCGACCUGAGGUCCUUCCGUCCUGUAUUUUCCUUAGAAAUAAAUAAAUAAAUUUAUUUUCCUUGAUUUCCUCACGGUGUCCUUCAGCCAGUUCAAUCAACCCUAUUGUCAGGCCCAUUCUUCUUUUUACCUUGGGCUUUUAACCUAAUUCUAAAUUUCGUACGUAACAACUUGCCCGCCGCCAAGGGACUUUCAAACGCCAUUUAGCAAUCAAUGUUUGGAAGUUCAUAAAUCACUACCCUCUUGAAAAACUCCCUUAGCAACUGCACCAGUUACUGCAACACUCCUGAUAAACUUCCUUCUUCGCAAUACAAGCCUGUGUGAAUCACAAUCCCAAAACAUUCUAACUAUGGCGAAUCAAUACAUGCCUGCCCUUCCUUUCGACGGAACCCUUCCAGAAGGUCCAUUUUCAGCUUCGAAAGUACUAACUCCGACGAUCCGUCCAUAUUGCACUACUCCUGAAGAUUCAAAUCGGAUGAGGGAAGUUUUGGAAUCUCGCAACCCCUUGGCUAUCAACAAUCCCAACUACCAAGCAGUUCGCAUCCGGGACAGCAUCAAAACCCAUCUCACAGACCCAAAAGAUCUGUAUCGCGCUUGGUAUCGACGAGUAGCAGAACACUUCCAGACCCAAUGGCGUUCCCAAAAAAUCGACCAAGCAAUAUUGCUGUCCACCAUGCCUAUCAACCUGCAUGAGAAGGUGUUGUUGGCCAUGUCUGCCUUCUGGAAUGCGGAAAAUGGGACUUUCCUCUUCCCAUCAGGCCCCUUUGGCCCAACUCUUAUGGACGUGGCCAUGAUCGCACAUCUCCCAAUCGUGGGUGAAGACCCUGUAAUGGGAGCCCUAGAUGGGCAGGAGCCAUCAGAAGACCAUCCGGGAUGGUCCUUACAAAGUGUGAAGGAAUGGGGUUGGACAAAGUUCGCAACCGACCAGCAAGGGGCUCCAGGGACUCCUGUAACCGACCGGGAGCAUACUGCCUUUAUUCUGUUCUGGCUUUGUAGGUACAUCAUUGUUUCUCCUUCCAAAAGUGUUCUUCCUUCCCACCUCGACCUGGCCAUUCAUAUUGCGUCAGGUCGGUUCUUCUCCCUUGGUACUCUAUUUUUAGCCAAUCUGUUCGAAGGACUCACCAGGGUUAGCCUUCGUUUAACAGAUAACGAUAAUAGGAAAUUAGACACUGCCGCGUCGGGUCCUUUUUGGUUUUUAGAACUUUGGUCCCGUCUUUACUUUCCCAACGCGUUUAACUUAGGAUCUCCGCCCACUAUGCCAACGUCUGAAAAACAUUUAGGAUUAAUCCUCAACCGACUCUGCUCAGGACGCAAUAAACUCCAAUCAUCCGACCCAAUAAUAACUGCCAUUUUAACAGAUACCCGCAGUAACUCUCGAUUUUCUAUGUAUAAAAAAUAUGCGGGUUAUGCUCCCGACCAUUUUUGGCCCUUUCCAGUACCAAACCCACUUCCGACUCCUGAGCCUUGUCCUCAUCCCACCUAUCCUUUCGCCUGGGACGUCGCCCUCAAACCCAGGUCUCUUUUUAGUAGCAAGAAACUUGAUAAAAAAGGGCAGAAAACUUUUUACACUUUUAACUAUGAACCUCAAUUCAUGGCGCGCCAGUUCGGCUGUUGCCAAGGUAUCCCUGGACCCGUCGCGUGUCCCCAAAUAAUUUUUCAAAGCCCCGACCGACGAGUCCUUCCUAAUUCAAUCCCUUCUUAUAUCUCCCAGCUCACCACGUAUAUAAUUUCCAAUUCUUAUAUUCCUUUCCGCUCCAACCCUGAGAUCGUAGAUACUUUCAAUGAAUGGUGGUCGGUCGUAUGGUCCCUGAUAUCCCCUGAUGAGAGUCGGUUGCUGAACGUCCUCCUCCCUCCCCAAGGACUGGUUCUAGGGACGGCGAUACAUACUAGCACCCAAAAACAUACAACCGCCCCGGGAAUCGGAUCUGGUGGUCCCACGCGCAAAAGAAAAACUUCCCAAUUGCAAACACCCCCGACCUCGGAGACCGACCAACAAACACUAGCAGACCUUGGAAUAAAUAGGACGUCAGCAAGGACCCGACCCCGAAUUGAACCGACCUUGGUGACACCGACCAAGCAACCGACGCCAGCACCAACCGACCAUUCAAUCGGGCCUUUGGUCCAGACCAAUUUGCCAAUGAGCAAUCGGGCGGAGGACCCGACGCGGAGGCAAACUCUUCCUCCCGCACCGAGGAGUGGUCGGGCCAGGCCCCCGACCAGGAGACAAUCUUUACCAGCAGUACCUACAGAACCAACACCUUCACCCAUCCCAUCAGCAGCAGGGGUCUCUUCUGACAGCGAGGGGACUACUUCCCAGAUGGGUCGGCCGCCAUACAUGGCAUCAGACUCAUCUAUAUCAAAGGAAGAACCAGCCGCCCUCGCCGAAACUGACCUUCAAAACGACAUCCCUGAUGCUGCUGAUCCCGAAAUCGAAGGUGCCCCAGAGAUCCUGGCUGCAGUGGCUCUAGAGGUAGCCGUCCAACCUGCAGCCGCCCUACCAGCAGCGGCACUCCCUCUAGCCAUCGAAUGGCAGGCAGAAGAACCACCCGUGGCAGCCCAACCUCCAGAAAUGGGAGAAAUGUCUUCAUCCGAUUCGGAGACUUCUGUGAAUUUGGGACCCAGGUCGGCACCUCAGCGACCAUUCGCAGCAGCCGACGAGUCGGCUGCUAUUAUACCAGCUGUCUGCCCAACUCGACCGACCUCAUUGCUGCCCCCCUCACUGACAGCAGUCCGCCCAGAGGGGCCUUCGGACUUAGCUGUCCUAUCGACUGUUCCGGUUCCAGCGGAGGCCCAGACUGUGUUCACUGAGGCCAUUAACCGUCCCCUGUCCGAACUAAGGUCCGACUUAUUGGACAAACUCAUUCAGACGGUUGGUGGCCUUCUUUUUUACACUCCAACGGAAUCACCAGCCGUCCCCAUUCUGCAUCGGCUGAUGGAAAGACUUACAGAGCUCAAGACUGAAGUGGUAGUCAUUGGCCUUCUGUCAGCCGAAACCCCCCAGCCCGACUUCGAUCAAACAACGCUGGAGAAUUCUUUGACCAAGACUCGAGAAUCCCUUCAGCAAACUACUGGAAGACUGGGUGGUCUCCUUAGCACGAAAGCUCUGGUUGAUGAUGCCAUUCAGAAAAAGGAGGCAGAAUUGCGGGAGCUGAGGAAAGAACAGUCUACCCUGGAUAAGCAAAUUACCAAUGAACAGCAUCUGCUUGAGAAGUAUACCAAAAAUGAGGCUGAAUUGGAUCAAGAGCUGAAAACCCAAGCCCGAUCCCAAUUCAUCAGAAGAUAUCAGAUGGCUGCCAAUACCAGAAGGCUAUCCAGGGAUGAAAACAAAUGGACACAGAUAAAAACUGCCCUAGGGGCACUAUUGUAAUAUUUCCCCCUUUGUAACAACAACUGACUUAGUAAUCCAUUUUUUCUUUCUUCUCUCAAAACAAGGAUCACCUUUCAAUUCCCAGCUUUAUAGGAAACGAACCAAACUCCUUCUUUAAAAGAACAUUGUUUCUCACAUUUCAAGAAACACAUUCCCAGGCACACUGAAAGUGUUAACAAACAUGGCGAAUGACCGACCUCAUGUUCCAUCAAGCAACUGGGAGGGUGUUCUUCAACCCUUCUUUGUAGGUAAUCACCCUAUUGGAGGCCAUGCAGAAGACUUGUUACAUAUACUCAAGCAACUAGACUUCAAAUUCCGAUUCUCCCAACGAGGUAGAAGAACUAUUCAUCGCGUCAUCCGCCUGAUGGAAAAAGUCAUUGAGGGGUAUGAACCUCUUCAUGACAUCCUCAGCCGCAUCCCUGAUCUCCAUCAUCACAUGGAAAUGAUCGAAAAUCACGCAGCAAACAUACUUCCAGAUCUUGGUUGGGAUAACCUAUUUUCCAACCAACGAAAAGUCUUUUCAAGAUUGCGGACCAUCGUUGAUCGUGAACAUCAAGCCCUAACAGACAUGCAAGCACGUACCCACCAAGAUCUAGAUGACAUGCAAAGCCAAUGGGAAAGGUACCGACCAGACUUGGAAGAUCUUAUUGAAGAAGAACCAGAGCUAAUAUCCACUCACUGGGAUGAGAAGUCUGAUUCAGAGACAGAAAAGUUCUCACAACCACACGAUGACUAACAGAAAUGAACCUUCCAGUAGGUUCGAACCCCCAUAAAUGGGUUC